AUGCCGUCCACUCGGCAGCGCAACACAGCCCUGGCGGCUGCUGCUACCGCCUCUGCGGCUGCGCUGACCUUUGUGGCACCCCCCAGCACACCAAGCGCAGCACGUCUGGAGCCAGGUGUCGCGGCCGGCCAUGCAGCUGCCGCCCAGCCCCAGACUUCCAUGGGCGCCGCCACCGUAGGUGCAGCGAUGCUCGCAGCAGGUUGCGCCGCACGGGCGACGGCCAAGGGAAAGGGGCAGCGAAAGGCCGUGAAGCUGGCAGCAGUCAGCACCGACACGGAGGUGGAGACCGACUGCAUCAACUCCAUCCGCUUCCUGGCAGUGGAUGCCGUGAACAAGGCCAACUCUGGUCACCCAGGCGCGCCUAUGGGUCAGGCGCCGAUCGGCUACCUCCUCUUCGCAGAGGAAAUGGCCUACAACCCAAAGGACCCAAGCUGGUGCAACCGUGACCGCUUCGUGCUCUCCUCGGGCCAUGGCUGCAUGCUGCAGUACUCCCUGCUUCAUCUUGCCGGAUACGACAGCGUCGCCAUGGAUGACUUGAAGCAGUUCAGGCAGUGGGGCUCCAAGACCCCUGGCCACCCGGAGAACUUCGAGACCGAUGGUAUUGAGGUCACGACUGGCCCACUUGGUAUGGGCAUCUCCAAUGCAGUCGGCUUGGCAGCUGCAGAGGCGCACAUGGCGGCGGCGUACAACAAGCCGGACUUCACUCUCAUUGACCAUUACACAUACACCAUUGCGGGCGACGGAUGCAUGCAGGAGGGCAUCUCCCAUGAAGCCUGCGCUUAUGCCGGCCACCUCGGCUUGGGAAAGCUCAUCGCCUUCUACGAUGACAACGGCAUUACCAUUGAUGGCCAUACCGACCUCUCCUUCACCGAGGAUGUUGGCAAGCGAUUCGAGGCGUACGGCUGGCAAGUCAUCACGGUGGGUGAUGGUGACCAGGACGUCGGAGCCAUCCGCAAGGCCAUCGCCGAGGCCAAGGCUUGCACGGACAAGCCUACCCUCAUCAAGGUGAAGACUACCAUCGGGUUCGGCUCUCCCAACAAGGCUGACAGCCACGACGCCCACGGAGCCCCGCUUGGAGCAGACGAGGCCGAGGCCACACGCAAGCAGCUGGGAUGGAGCUACGGUGAGUUCGAGGUGCCGGAGCACGUCUACGCUGCGUUCAAGAAGCAGGCCGACGCCGGCGCCGAGAAGCAGGCAGAGUGGGACAAGCUCUUCGCAGCCUACAAGGAGAAGGAGCCUGAGCUUGCUGCGCAGUUUGAGCGAGCAGUGCUGAAGAGGAAGCUUCCGGACAACUGGGACGAGUGCCUCCCCAAGCUGACCGAGGAGGAUGCGGGCAAGGCGACCCGCUUGCACUCUCAGGACUGCCUCAACGCCAUCGCUCCAGUGCUGCCAGAGUUCAUGGGCGGCUCCGCCGACCUGGCGCCUUCGAAUAUGACCCUGAUGAAGUGCACCGGCGACUUCCUGAAAGACAGCUACUCCGAGAGGAACUUCCGCUUUGGCAUUCGAGAGUUCGGCAUGGGUGCUGUUUGCAACGCCCUGUCUCUGGACAAGACAGGCAUCAUCCCUUACUGCGCCACCUUCACCAUCUUCACGGACUACAUGCGUUCCGCCAUCCGUAUUGCGGCCCUGUCCCAAGCUGGCACGAUCUUCGUGACCACUCACGACUCCAUUGCUGUAGGUGAGGACGGCCCCACGCAUCAGCCGAUCGAGACCCUUCCCUCCCUGCGUCUCAUUCCUGAUCUCACAGUCAUGCGCCCAGCGGACGGCAAUGAGACCGCUGGCGCCUACAAGUACGCCGUGGAGCGCUCCAAGAACGAGUCUCGGCCCACCAUGAUGGCUUUCUCUCGGCAGGCGCUGCCAAAUCUCCCGAACUCAUCCAUCGAGAACACCUUGAAGGGUGCCUACGAGGUUGUUGAGUGCAAAGAUCCGGAGGUCAUCAUCAUCGGAACUGGCUCUGAGGUCCACAUCUGCGUGGAGGCUGCCAAGUCGAUGGACGCGAAGGUUCGCGUGGUGUCCAUGCCCUCCGUGGAAGUCUUCCGCGCCCAGUCAGACAGCUACAAGGAGUCUCUGCUGCCGAAGGGAGUGCCCACCUUGAGCGUGGAGGCAGCGGUUACCUCCGGCUGGGGGGAGUUCUCCACAGCCCAGGUGGGCAUCAACGUCUUCGGGGCUUCUGCGCCGGGCGGCACCUGCCUGGAGAAGUUCGGCUUCUCCGCCGAGAACGUGAAGUCCUGCGCGGAGAAGUGCCUCAAGGGUGAGACCGGCGUGCUGUCCGAUGGUUCCCAGGGCAAGCAUUGA